AUGGCGACACUCAAACAAAGCAACAUCCUCCUCCUCCUCACGAGUCUACUCUCCCUCCUCCACCUCGCGACAUCACAAAGGACCCCCAACGAAAAUCUCGUCCUCGCUGACUGCGGUAUCGGCCUCGGCGUCAACGGCGGCUCCACCUCCCGCGAGAUGAUCUACUACCCCGGCGACGUCUGGACAGGCAACGGCGACGACACCAACAGACCGACAAUGAUGGUCAACGUCCCCUGGUCCGGUUCAUAUCCCUGGGGCCAAAAGGGCGGCGUGUCCGCACGCUUGCCCAACGGCGACGUAUUUACCGUGCACAUUAAUCCGAGCAUCAAGGACCCUAUUGCUGCGGGCGACGCAUGGCAUAUGUACGAGAUGAAUUUGCCACUCAAGUGCUAUAGCUAUCAUAAGGAUAAGGUUUAUAAGCUUGAUGAUGGCAAGUGGUGCUCGAGUGCCUAUGGGGGAUUUGAUAAGUAUUGUUACUUGUGGAACAAGGUGUUGAAGCGUUAUAAAUGGGGCUUGGAGCGUCGGGUGAACGUGGAGGGGAAUCUACCUUAG